CACGUCGAGCCGGCUGGCGCUGCCCGCCGGCCGCGGGGUUGUUGUUUUCGUCCGGCGGCCGCCGCCAUGUUGGGACCGUCCGCUUUGUUAUAAAGAAGGAGAUAGAAGGAGAAAAAACACGCUACGGAAGCGAGCUGAAGGGCGGCGAAGUAAACGGAGGACCCUUGGAACAAAACACGCCCGUUGGGGGCGAUUUUUAUUCCCCCUCUGGUUGUCGUUUGAAGCUGAGGGUGGGAAAGGAAAGCGGUUUCGGGCGCAAGAUGAGAGUGAAGCGGGGAGACCGUUAGGGGGACGGGGCACUGGAUUGGAGCCAUGCCAUACCCUUCUGCAAAUCAAGGAUCUCUGCAAACCCAAUCCCAAAAGCACUAUGGUAUUACAUCUUCAAUUAGCUUGGCUUUGCCAAAAGAAAAUGAUUAUGUGCUUACCCAGAAACUUAUUGAGGCACUAAAUCCUUAUGGAGUUUUUGAAGAGGAGGAGGAGUUGCAACACAGAAUUGCAAUUCUGGGAAAGCUAAAUAACUUGGUGAAAGAAUGGAUUCGUGAUACCAGUGAAAUUAAGAAUCUUCCUCCAUCCGUGAUAGAAAAUGUUGGUGGGAAAAUUUUUACUUUUGGCUCGUACAGAUUAGGAGUGCAUACAAAAGGAGCUGAUAUUGAUGCAUUAUGUGUUGCACCUCGUCAUAUUGAAAGAGUUGACUUCUUCUCAUCCUUCUGUGAAAAGCUGAAACAGCAAGAUGAAGUGAGAAAUUUACGGGCUGUUGAAGAAGCAUUUGUACCAGUCAUUAAACUAUCCUUUGAUGGUAUAGAGAUUGAUAUUUUGUUUGCAAGAUUGGCUCUUCAGACAAUCCCGGAAGAUUUGGAUCUUAGAGAUGAUGUGCUCCUUAAAAACCUGGACUUGAGGUGUAUUCGAAGUCUUAAUGGUUGCAGAGUCACAGAUGAGAUAUUGCAUUUAGUACCAAAUAUUGAAAAUUUUAGGCUGACACUGAGGGCAAUUAAAUUAUGGGCAAAGCGCCACAACAUUUAUUCUAACAUACUAGGCUUUCUGGGUGGUGUCUCAUGGGCCAUGUUGGUGGCAAGGACUUGCCAACUGUACCCCAAUGCUGUUGCAUCAACCCUAGUACACAAAUUCUUCUUGGUUUUUUCAAAAUGGGAAUGGCCAAAUCCUGUCUUGUUAAAACAACCGGAGGACUGCAAUUUGAAUUUGCCAGUGUGGGAUCCACGGGUUAACCCAAGCGACAGAUACCACCUCAUGCCAAUUAUUACACCCGCCUACCCACAACAAAACUCAACAUACAAUGUCUCUGCGUCUACACGGGCUGUAAUGAUGGAGGAGUUUAAGCAAGGUCUUUCGAUCACAGAUGAAAUUUUAAUGGGUAAAAUGGAGUGGUCCAAACUCUUUGAGGCUCCAAACUUCUUUCAAAAGUACAAGCAUUAUAUUGUGCUGCUGGCGAGUGCUCCAACGGAGAAACAGCACUUGGAGUGGGUAGGAUUGGUGGAAUCCAAAAUCCGAAUUCUAAUAAGCAGCUUAGAAAAGAAUGAGUUCAUCACUCUGGCUCAUGUUAAUCCGCAAUCAUUCCCAGCUCCAAAGGACAAUCCUGAGAAAGAUGAAUUCAGUACUAUGUGGGUCAUUGGGAUAGUCUUUAAGAAAGUGGAAAACAGUGAGAACCUGAGUGUUGACUUAACGUACGAUAUUCAAUCUUUCACAGAUACUGUUUAUAGACAAGCAAUGAACAGCAAAAUGUUUGAAUCUGAUAUGAGGAUUGCAGCGAUGCAUGUGAAAAGGAAACAGCUCCAUCUACUCCUACCUAAUUAUGUUCAACAAAAAAAGAAAAAGCAUUCAUUGGAGGGGAGCAAAGCCAACUGUGAAGAUGAAAAUAGCAUGGAAGCCUCUCUGGACAGUGACCAUAGCCUGCUUGUGCCUUCCAGUCCGUUACAGAAUGCCAACAGUCCCCAGAGUAGUCCAAUUACUGCUGCUUCAACAGUGAAUGUGAUCAGUGUUCCAAAUUCAGAAACCCAGGUGGAAUCAGAGACGACUCUUUCCAAAGGAAAUUCCAUUUCCCGUUCAGAGGGCUCGGCCGCAUCCUCCAGUGACCACAUUCCUCAGGCCUCUCCAGUACCUGCUUCUACUGCGCAACCAAAAUCAGCAGUUAACCAGGUUUCAUCCACGUGCAUCGGCAGCCAGCCUGCAAGUUCCACCACAAAGGCGUCUAAUCCUGUUCCCUCUGGGGGGAAGAGACCGACAUCGCCUGCUAUCACUGAAUCUGCAAAUACCGAGGAACCUGCAACAAAUGGGGUACCAAUGGAUCAGAAUCUAUCACAGAGUUCAAAGAGAACAUCCACGCAGCUAACUGAAGGUUCACCAAAGAGAAAGAAGUUGGAUGGAUCUGCCUCUGUGAAUGAGCAAGGUGACUGUUCGGCAAGUCCUAUUACUGAGAAAAAAAGUGAUGAAAAUAUGAAGGUUGCUGAGUGUGAAGAAAAGAUGCUGCCAAUCCAAUCUAAGGCUUCUGUCUCACAGGAACCAAUGAGCACAGAACUUUCUGAUGUUUCCUCCCUUCCUGUAAACCCUGUUCCAGUAGUUAAAAACUCAAUAAAGCUGAGGCUAAACCGGUAGAACUGCUACCACUCCUGGGGCCAUAGAACACAAAGAGAAGAAGGACAUGCGUGCAUGCGCACAAAAAGAAACAUCUCUGGGAAGAGUCAUCUGUUUGCUGGCUGCAGAUUCCUCCAUGGAAACAUUUUUAAAAGUUCUUUGGACAAAGGUGAUGGUGGCAUAUGGUGAAGUUGGACGAUAAAGGCUGUAGAUUUUUUUUAAACAUGUCCUAAAAGACUUGAUCAUUGUCGAAUCUGGAGUCUGGUAGAACUCGACCAGUGAUAAGGAUGCACUGCGGACUGACUGGUCAUGCAGCGAGUGCAUCUUGGCGGAGUACUGCUGAUGUGUUGGCAACAGUUAUGUUAGUUGAAACAGUUUUUUCCAAGAACCAUUCUCCCUCCCGUUACCUUUGCUCUUAAAACUGCCUGCAAUUGUGAAAAGAUUUUUUUAAAUGUUUUUGUUGACCAAUUGUUCAGUCAUAUGGGCAUUAUUUGUGAAUUUAGGUUAGUGAUGGUAUUGGGGGAGAUUUAGUAAGGAAGGACCCUUGUACUGGGACAUACCAUUAUUGAUUUCAGGGCACUAAUCUACUUUGAUCCAAUUGAUUCUUUCAAACAGCAAUGUGAAAUCGGCGCUUAGUUCCUUGUGUCUUACAUCCUGGAAAGGGUACAGGAGCUGCUGCAUUUCCCUGGUUGCUUCCAUUGUUUGUCUGUUGAUUUUUGAUGGGUUAAAUGUUAAUUUGACUUCUAUUUUUGUGCCGCUGUCAGGAAUAGGUUGUCUCAAAACCACAUUCAAGUUGGUUUGUUUGCGACUGGUAGGUGUCAUGUUAAGAUACUGAACAUUUCCAUUUUGAAGCUGGUUUCCUAUCAUACCUAAAUGGGUAGGAUUUGAGAUCUACUACCACUAGGAUGAGUCACUGCUUGACCAACGUCAUAUCACUUCCCAGUCAAAUUGCAAUCCAGUAUAAAACUCAUCCAUAUUUGACAUUGAUUGAGCUCAUCUAUAUUUGACAUUGAAACUCGAGUGAAAAUCUCCUGCUUGUAAAAAAAAAAAGUAGACUUUGUGCUUCUGCAUGGUACAUAGUUCAGCAAAUUGCAUGGCCCUUAUGCAUCCAUGAAGCAUGCCAAAAUAGGUUUAGAAUUCACCUUGUUCAGCGAGGAAUUUGCUAUAGUUGUUUGACACGUUUGACCAUGGACAGUUCCAUUAAAUCUCGCCGGUGUGCUACAAUUCUUUCUUUUUCCUUACAAGUACCGUUAUAAAUGUUAUUUUAAAGCCAAAAACUUUCUUCUUUGGAUCAGUACAAAGAAAAUACUUUUUCUGGUUUGUCCUCAAGUUAUAUAUCAGUUAUAAAUCCUUCAAGACUUGGUAUGAUGGAAUGAAUGUACUUCAGGCAUGUGAGGUCAAGUAAAUAGAAGUCCUUGAAACCAUUCAAACUUCUAAUUUUCAUCAUGUCACAUAACUACAUGCAGGGAAAACCCUUUUUACUUUAAUGAUCUGAGAGGUAUUAUGUCAACAUUGAGAUAUAUAUAUGGCAGCAUGUCAAGAAAACGGGUUCUUCCUCAAAUUUAAUGCAUCAAGAAAGGCUGGUAAUGAUGCUACUAGCACCAUUAAGUUUUAUAUUGGUGACUCUGGCUAGCACUUAUAGAAGAAAGUUAUAGAAGAGGUAGUUCUGAGAGCCAGUCACCACCCAUGGGGUUUUUUUUUUAAUUGUAAAAUAGAGCAUGAGAUUCAAGUUUUGCCAUGCUGGAAAUUGAGCUGUUUAAUAUGAGCAGGUUGUUGGCUCAAUCCACAACUAAUUCACUCAUUGUCAACCUGGGCACAUCAUCUGCGGAUAGCUUGGUGACAUUAUUUAUGGUUGUCCAUCGCAAGACUCCAGUGCUUAAGUUUUUAAUGAGAUGAUGGAGGGUUUCCUCCAUGCAUUGAAUCCUUUGUAUUUUCAUUGACUUGGAAUGCUUUAAAAUAUUUUUCAUCAGUUUAUUAAAAACAAGAGUGGAAGAGUUGCAAUAUUGUAAACGUUCGGGAAGUGCUUUUGGAAGUACUAACAUUUUACAGUUUUAAUUUUUUUUUAAUUUAAUAAAAAGUAUGUGGACCAUC